AUGACGACGGUGAGCAGGUUCCGCUGGAGGGGGAACCAGAUGCUGAGGUCGUUCUCCCAUUCCUCGGCCGUGCUGUUCUUUCUCGGAUCGGCUAUCGUCGCCAGCUUUGUCGGGAUCGUGUUCUUCUGGCUGGCUAUUUCUUCUUUCCAGCGCCCUGAAGCUGGGGCCAUCGGGUGCCAGCUGGACGGGGAGGGGUCGUGGUCCGUCGGAAUUUAUUAUGGGAAAAACCCGUUCUCGCUCGUCCCCAUCGAGUUGGUAGGCUCUUGAUCCUUGUGGUUUUCAUUUUUCUGUUUAUGGUUUUCUUCUAAUUAUACAUGCUCUUGGUUUUGUUCGAUGGACAGGCUGACAAGCAGAAUGGCAAUAGUUCGGCAUGGCCAGUCGCUAAUCCAGUGCUCACCUGCGCGUCAGCGACUGAUGCUGGUUUCCCUAGCAACUUCGUCGCGGAUCCUUUCCUUUUCAUUGAGGUAUCAGCGAUCCUUGUGGGAUUCUUCGUGUCGAUUUUGUAUUUGCUGUGUUCGUUGUGGUUGAAGUUUGAACCAGAAAACUGUGGCCCUUGUGUUGUAUUUAGCAUUGAAAGUUUGGCAUCGCAGCUUGUAACUGUACAAGUAUGGAAAAAUUAUCUACAAUUUGAUUUCAAGGCUUCUAAUGCUACGCCGUAUUAUGUAGAUCAUCAUUUUUCAAGAUUUGAUUUCAUGAUUCCUUGGACGUAGAUAACCUGCGCUUGUUUCUGGAACCUAAAGCAUGCUGUAAUACAAGCAGGAUUAUAAUUGACUGGCCCAAGGCUUGCCGACGCUCUGACACAACAUGCGUUCAGAUGUGUUCUUAUUUCAUACAUCUGAAUCUGUUUUCCAGAUGCCAAACUUAUUGGGUGUGCGGACGAGUCGUCCACAUCUUAGUUUGAGUGUUUGUAUUCAAUCACAAUAUUACUGAUCUUCGCUGAAUGUAUUGAAUACAACACCAAAAACAAAUGGUCGCGUGUUAAUUUUUGCAGAAGAAGAAGGAAAGUUCCUUAUAAGAAUUACUGUGUCUUUGGUUCAUAUACACUUUCCUGAAAGGUUUACUUGGAUGUCUUUUGAAAUUAUUUAUUGGGUAUUCAACAACAGGAAAAUCUAGUAAACAACUGGUGGUGGGCCGUUUCUGCCUGUAUCUUUGUACAAGGUUUUUUGUUAUACAUUUUUUUGACAAUAUUUCGUCUUCAUCUAUAGUGGAUUACUGUAUAUGGGAAUGAGUUUUAAUCUCGUACUUUUCUUUUCUGUUUCUGGAUUUUGUUAACAAAAUGAUCUCUCUCUGAGUUAUCUUAUUAUAGUAUCUGCGACUGUUCUGAUUACAAAUAUAUUUCAUACUGAUCAAUUAUUUUUUGCUGGAAAAUUUAGUUUUGCCCAUUUUGGAAUCCCAAAGAAACCAUCUUUGUAGGCUGUGAUGUGGUAAUUUUUCAAUUCAUAAAUGCUUUUCACUUAUCUGUCCUCUUCAUCUGCCCAGGCUCUCUGAGAAACAGUAAUUCGUGAUCUACAUCAUUUGUCUGUCUAUGUCCUUCACAUCAAUGAGUAUCAUUGCUCACUUUCUUAUAGGUGCCAUCCGUUGCCUACAUGCAUAUCCGAAUGCUUAACCGAAAAAUAAGCUAUGCUGGUAUCCUAAGUUCCCCACACAGGUCACAAGGAGAUGUAGACUAACUUACGACUGUUCACUGAGGAUAAUCAUUUUGGAAUUAGUCAGGAGUCGAAAGGUACUACGAUAGAGAAAAAAGCUUAUGAAGAUGAGCGUAUCACAGCAUGCAGUCUGCUAACCAGUGACGUCUCAUAUAGAUUAUAUACAAUAAACUGAGUUCAGAAAGCAUCAUAAUAAUAUAUAUAUUUUUUAGACAUGUCAUUUUCAAAAAUGAUUGCACGUAAACACCUCCUGUGGUAGAACAUGCCUGUUGUCAUUAAAGUUACAUUUCCAUGCCGCAUGACAUCGAUCUUAUUGUUUAUUCUUCACUACUUUCAGGGAGAUACUCUCUACUUGUUCUUUGAGACGAAGAGCAUUGCGACAAUGCAGGGAGAUAUUGGGGUCGCGAGAAGCACCAAUCAAGGUGUCUCCUGGGAGGUUCUGGGCAUAGCCCUCGACGAGGAAUGGCAUCUGUCCUAUCCAUUUGUCUUCAAAUACAAUGACCAAGUGAGCCCGACCAACCCAAGCAUUUGUUCCCCUUCAGCCAUUUGUUUCUCUUGACGGAAAGUAGUGAGACCCAAACAUGCCAAUAACUCCUUUCUGCUCUUGGACGAGAUCAUCUUCUUCCUCCUCCAUUACCCGUUGCCUUAAUGGGUCUGAAUUUGUUUGUCACACAGGUGUAUAUGAUGCCAGAGGGGAGCAAGAAUGGGGACCUCCGCCUGUAUCGAGCCACCAAGUUCCCCCUCCAGUGGACGCUGGAGAAGGUGCUCAUCAAGAGGCCGCUCGUGGACACCUCCAUGGUCAAGUACGACACGCACUACUGGCUGUUCACUUCGGAUUUCAAACGCUUUGGUGUCGAGAAGAACGCAGAGCUUGAAAUCUGGUACAGUGAGUCCCCGCUCGGCCCCUGGAAACAGCACAGAAGGAACCCCAUCUACAAGUCUGGCAAGAGCUUGGGUGCCCGCAAUGGCGGCCGCCCCUUCAUGUAUAGCGGCCAUCUCCACCGCCUGGGGCAGGACUGUAGCGGAACUUAUGGCCGCGACCUCCGUGUCUACCGGGUGGAGAAGCUCACUAAAGACGACUACGAAGAGGUCCCUGUCACCCUCAACGUCGAGAAGCCAAUGAAGGGGCGCAAUUCAUGGAAUGGCAUCCGCCGCCACCACUUAGAUGCCCAGGAGCUGCCAUCUGGCGGCUGGAUCGCCGUCAUGGACGGGGACCGGGUCCCUUCUGGCGAUUCAACACGGCGGUCCCUCCUGGGCUAUCUAUUCAUGGUGCUCUUCUUCCUGGUCCUGGCAGCCGUCGGUUUCCUUGCCGGCGCUGUGAGCUGUGGCAACUUCGGCAGGAGGAACGACUGCCUCUGCUCCUUUUGGUCGCGUCCUCAGUUCACCAUGAAGCUCCGGAGGACUUUUGCUGGCGUGAACCGGUAUGGUGCCGCCGUCAGAUGGCGGCUGAACCCUGCAACAUGUUCUGGCAAGUUGGUCAUCAUCUUCCUCGCCAUUGUCGCCAUCGGGCUGAUCUGCGCCGCUGAACAUUUUCUGUUCGGGGGCAACGGCGCUGAGGAGGGCUACGCCCUGAGAAGGCACUACUCCCAAUUCACCAUGGUGACCAUGACCUACGAAGCUCGGCUAUGGAAUCUGAAGUUCUUUAUCAAGCACUACUCCCGCUGCGCCUCGGUGAGGGAGAUUGUCGUCAUCUGGAACAAGGGCAGGCCCCCGAGCCCAGAUGACUUCGACUCAGCCGUCCCUGUCAGGGUCCGUGCCGAGGAGCACAAUUCUCUCAACAAUCGCUUCCGAGUUGACCCAGCGAUCAAAACCCGGGCGGUGCUCGAGCUGGACGACGACAUCAUGAUGACCUGUGGUGACAUUGAGAGGGGCUUCAAGGCCUGGAGGCAGCACCCGGAGCGGCUCGUUGGCUUCUACCCGCGCCUUCUGGAGGGCAAACCCCCCAAGUACAGGGAUGAAAGGUACGCCCGCCGGAGGAACGGCUACAAUGCCAUCCUCACUGGCGCCGCCUUCAUGGACAGUGAGGCCGCCUUCCGGCGGUACUGGAGCGAGGCGGCAGCCGAAGGGAGGAAGAUAGUCGAGGAGAGCUUCAACUGCGAGGAUGUGCUGAUGAACUUCCUCUACGCCAAUGCCAGCGGCUCCGCCAGGACCGUGGAGUACAUCCACCCUGCAUGGGCCAUUGACACCUCCAAGUUCUCUGCCUCCGCCAUCAGCCGCAACACGCAGGCGCACUAUGACAUCCGGACAAGCUGCCUCUCCAAAUUCUCCGCCAUCUAUGGGUCUCUUCCGCCUCUGCUGGAGUUUGGCCUCAGGGAGGAUCGAUGGGACACCUAG